UGCGCAUUAUGCUGGUCUCCAUGGCGGGGCCUCGGAGCCAAGACGAGGUUGAGUAGACUCGGCUCUGGAGUCCUAAUUAAAAUGCUGCUUUCACAUAAAUGAAGCUACAGUUAUCAUGAUUUAGUGCCCCCAAAGAAAGAACUUCGGUGGACAAGAAAGGACAUUUCUGGGGGUAGUAGAAUGCUUGAGGCCUGGAAUUUAAACCUGACCCACUAUCUGAAGCUGUUAAAUAAUAGAAGAAAAUGGAAUUGAAUAUGAUGUCAGCAUGGAACAAUCUAAUGAUUCAUUAAGAGUCAACCAUAAUGAUGGUGAAGAGUCAAAAACCGAUGCUCAAGUAUUUGAGCAUCUAACCUGUAUGGACUCCAGGGAUUCUUCCUUUGGACAAAAUGAUUCUCCUGCAGUUUUGCCCAUCACUACUCCUGAAGCAAAUAAUUCACUCAUAUCACAGAAUAUAACAGGGCCCCUGACUCAGACACAGACUCCUUCUGCAGAGCAUUUCCAUCUAGUGGACCAAAAUGGGCAAGCUAUUCAAUAUGAACUUCAGUCACUGGGGGAAUCCAAUGCACAAAUGAUGAUUGUUGCCAGCCCAACAGAAAACGGACAGGUACUUCGUGUAAUUCCAUCUACCCAGACAGCAAUGGCACAAGUGAUUAUACCUCAGGGGCAGCUUGUGGAUGUGAAUAGUCCUCGGGGUGACUAUCCCAGAAUGCUGGAAGAACCCCUUCUGGCGCCUCUUCAGCCACUUUCUUCUAACACACCUAUAUGGGCCUGCCGUCUUAGGAGCUGUGAGAAAAUUGGAGAUUCAUACCGUGGCUACUGUGUAAGUGAGACUGAAUUAGAAAGUGUCCUAACAUUUCACAAGCAGCAAACACAGAGUGUUUGGGGGACCCGUCAGUCUCCAAGCCCAGCCAAGCCUGCUACACGCUUGAUGUGGAAAUCCCAGUAUGUUCCAUAUGAUGGAAUCCCAUUUGUUAAUGCAGGGAGUAGAGCUGUGGUAAUGGAGUGUCAGUAUGGGCCAAGAAGAAAAGGUUUCCAGUUAAAAAAAGUCAGUGAGCAGGAAAGCAGGUCUUGUCAGCUCUACAAAGCCACUUGUCCAGCUCGGAUUUACAUUAAAAAGGUACAGAAGUUUCCUGAAUAUAGAGUUCCUACAGACCCCAAAAUAGACAAGAAAAUUAUCAGAAUGGAGCAGGAGAAAGCUUUUAACAUGCUAAAGAAGAACUUGGUAGAUGCUGGUGGUGUUCUUAGGUGGUAUGUACAGUUACCUACACAGCAAGCUCAUCAGUAUCAUGAAUUAGAGACUCCCUGCCUCACUUUGUCACCUUCUCCGUUUCCUGUGUCUUCUGUUGAAGAAGAGGAAACUGCAGUUAGAGAUGAGAAUUGUGCAUUACCCUCACGUUUACAUCCUCAAGUAGCCCAUAAGAUUCAAGAAUUAGUAUCACAGGGAAUAGAACAAGUGUAUGCAGUAAGGAAGCAGCUAAGAAAAUUUGUGGAAAGGGAACUGUUCAAACCCGAUGAGGUACCUGAAAGACAUAAUUUAUCUUUUUUUCCAACUGUAAAUGAUCUAAAAAAUCACAUCCAUGAGGUACAGAAAUCCUUGAGAAAUGGAGAUAUGGUAUAUAACUCAGAGAUUAUUCCGGCAACGCUUCAAUGGACUACAGACAGUGGGAAUAUUCUCAAAGAGACCGUGACGGUUACAUUUGCAGAAGGAAAUUCACCAGGAGAAUCAAUUACCACCAAAGUGGAAACAAAUCAGACAAGGGGUUCUUUGUCUCCUGAGCCAACUCACUUGCUCUCCUCACUCUCCUCAUUUCAGCCCAAAAUAUUUACACAACUGCAGGGUUUGCAGUUACAACCAAGGUUCACCUCUCCUGAUGAAUCACCAGCUCUGAUAUCAGUAAAUAACCAGCCAUCCUCUAGUCCUUCAGGACUUCUGGAUCCAAUAGGAAGUGCUGUAAUGAAUAAUAAUUCUCUACUGCUUGGUCAAAGUCAUAGCCUUCAAAGAGAUACAUGCCUAACCCAAAACAAUGGUACUGCCUCCACCAUGGGUAACCUUCCAGAACCAGAUCAAAAUCUAGUUGCAAUGGACCAGCUGGUAGAAGUUGGAGGUGUUGAGGAUACAGGGAAUCUGGAAGGAACUGUUCAUCGAAUUCUGUUGGGAGAUGUGCAGACUAUUCCAAUACAGAUUAUAGACAACCACUCAGCUCUUAUUGAAGAAAAUCCAGAAGGUACCAUUUCUGUGAACCAAGUUAAGCAAGAACCCAAAGAACCAGCAUUGUCUAUGGAAGCAAAAAAAAAUUGUGGACUAUAAGAAAUUAUCUGCUAUAUAAAUUAUUGAAGCUUUUCAGAAUUUACAACUCUGGUGACUUCUGAUGUCUUAGAAAAGAAGGUGAAUAUAGUCAAAGCGUGGCAUUGAGAUAAUUGGACUGAAGACCAGUUUGAUGAGAAGCUUUUAUUUAAAACUGAUGUAUUUGUUGCCAGUUCCAUAUUUUUACCUUCCUUAAGAGAUGUUUUACUCUUCUUAUUUUGUAUAAUUUUUAUGCUCUUUGAUUAUCUAAUAAGGCCAGUAUUUCAAAAGCUCUUUUGAACUUAUCCACAGUAAUACAGUCUGGACACAAAUAGUUUAGUUAACUUAUCCUUGGAAAUACUCAAUUUUGGUUCUUACAAAACAGAAAAGAUCAACAGCAACAGCACCAUUGUGUGAAUGUAUGUUUGUAUGUGUGUAUGUAUAUCAUGAAUUUUUUUAAGUUCUGAAGGAACUUGUUCUCUCUUUAAAGUUGUGAAGAAAUUUUUAAUUGCCAGACAGGUAAGAAAAUGUUUAUAAUCUAUCUCAUUAAGAAAGAUGAAGUAUUCGGUUUUACAUCAUAACACAAAGUCCAGCAGCUAUAUCUGCGGAGACUGUGCAGUUGCAUUUUAGCCACUUCCCUUCUAAUUUUUGUACUUUUAACUACAAACCAAUAGUAUAUUAGUGGUUAUCUAAUAGAAAUUUAAAGUGUCUUGGUAAGUACUGAGGAUUUUUACUUGAAUUAAUCAGAUAAGCAACAGAAAUCAACAUAUGUAGCAUGGCUUUGUGCUAAAUUGGAAGCAAAAUACUAUAGGUAGAAAGAUGUAGAAAUUGAGAGAAUUGAAAAAGAAUAAUAGAAUUCCUUGGUGUUUACAGAUAAUUUGGGAAACUUUUUGAUGACAGCAGAGGAUUUUUUUUUCCCCUUAUUUUGUAAUGAAGAUCCAGCGCUGGUUAAAAAAUAAUUUGAUUUGUAGUUACAUUUUUCUAUGCCAGAGCUCUUACUGAAUUGAUGGGGUAUUAGGAUUUCUAGUAUUUUAAGGUAAGUAUUUAUAGUUUAAAAUUUAGUUUAUAUUUAAAACUUCAAAACAUCUGAUCUGGGAUAUUUUCUUUGUUAAGUAAGUAUAUUAACUUCAAAUACCAAAUAAGUACUAAACAGUAUAUUCAUUAUAAGCAUCUGUUGUCUAAAGAUUGGUACUAGGCUGGACAUGGUGGCUCAUGCCUGUAAUCACAGCACUUUGGGAGGCCUAGGUGGGUAGACCACCUGAGGUCAGGAGUUCAAGACCAGCCUGGCCAACACGGUGAAACCCCAUUUCUACUAAAAAUACAAAAAUUAACUGGGUGUGGUGGUGGGCGCCUGUAAUCCCAGCUACUUGGGAGGCUAAGGCAGGAGAAUUGCUUGAACACUGGAGGCGGAGGUUGCAAUGAGCCAAAAUCGCGCCAUUGCACUCCAGCCUGGGCAACAAGAGAGAAACUCCAUCUC